AUGGCUUCUACUCUCAACUCCGUGCCAGCUGCUAACAGCGCAUCUGGCAAUGCUGUUAAUGCACAGAACUCUGGCAGGCCUUCACUGAGGCCAAGCGCCAGCACCAAGGGGGACGGUCGCCGACAGUCUGGCAGUCCUGGGGAUGGUGGUCAACGGCGCACAAAUUCACACAAGGCCUGGACCCAAGGAACCAACCCCAUCACGCAACGCUCCUCCCACUCCUCAUCCAACGGAAACAUGGCUCGACAGUCGGGCUCUCCCCGUCCGAAUCAGAAGGAGUCGAACACCCCCGACAGUCAUGCUCAUGACCGCCUGGUUUUCCUAUUUGCUAGUUUCAUUGGCCUGCGGACUACUAUCACCACAAAGAACGGUGACAAGUUUACGGGUAUCUUCUCAUCAUCGACCCUGGAAUCAAGUGAUUCGUCGUUUUCCCUCAAGAUGGUGCAACGUGCGGACGAGAAUCAGUCCAAGACCAACGGCGCAAGCGAUGUGGCCAGUCCCUAUCUAGGGACUGGAAUUGACCAUGCUAUGUCAUUUGACAUUAGGGAUGUUGCAGAUAUAUCGGUGCCAAAUGUCGUCCCUGCGGAGGUGUCAGUUAAGGAGUCAAAUGGAGCAAGUGGAUUCAGAACCGACAGUGACAUCUCUGGCAAUCUCGCGAUGCGGGAGCGUACAUUGAAGCGCUGGGAACCGACUGAGAUGGACGUUGACAUGUCGCUGGAGAGCACCACAGGCGAUUCGUCUAAUUGGGAUCAAUUUGAGACCAAUGAACGACUUUUUGGUGCCAAGACCAGCUACGACGAAAACAUAUAUACAACUGCCAUUGACCGUUCGGAUCCAUCCUUCCGCCAGAAGCAGGUAGAGGCGGCUCGUAUUGCGCGUGAGAUCGAAGGCGCUGACACCGACAACGCCCACAUGCGUGAGGAGAGAGGUCAUGUGGCCCCAGCCACUGGUGACGACGAAGACGAGGAGGCCAAAUACAGUGGUGUUCAUCGCGAUAGUAAGGCUUUCCAGCCUCUCGUUUCAGGCCAGCCGAACAGAUACACACCUCCGGGCCGCAGACAACCUGGGGUUCCUGCACCCCCGAAUAAGCAACCGGCGCCUGCUCCUACUCCUGCAGCAGUUCAGGUUCCGACGAAAGAGCCUGCUCCUGCAGAGAAACCGCAGACGCCGGCACCUACCAAGGCCGUUGCUGAAGCCGAACAAAAGACGACGUCGGGCAAUGCCCCGGCGUCCACACCUGCUCCCGUCCCCGCUGCUGUGAAGCGACCAGUUGCUGAGAAUGCCACCGCAAAUGUGGAAACGGAGGUGCUUGACCAUUUCCGUCAGUUCGCCAAUAGCGAAAAGUUGAAGAUGCAAGAGCGUCGGCGUAACCAGGCAUCGUAUGAUCGGACGGUCAAAUUGAACGAGCUAAUGAAGUUUUCGAAGAACUUUAAGCUCUCGACCCCUGUGCCAAAGGACUUGGUGCCAAUCUUGGCGAAGGAUCCGCAUAGACAAGAAGCUAUCAUUAACCGAGUCCAGACUCCCGGGGAUGUUAAAUCACCCACGAAAGCUGUUGCCCAGCCUGUCGAACAAAAGCCCGCAAGUCGUCCCGUUGCACCCACUGGUCCUGCCCCCCCUGCAGCGCCGUCUGAUCGCCAGAACUUCCCCCGCGGUCGCCAAGGGUAUCUACCCACAGGUCCACUUGCCGGACCAGGUGGUCGAUUUCCUCAGCAGCCAAUGCAGCCUGGUCGUCCCGCUACGGGUAUGCUCAGUCACCGUCUGGCCGAUAACCUGCAGCAACGUAAGGGAGCUGCUGCUAUGGGCCCUGUUCCUACUCCGCUACCUAUCCAGGAUGCUCGUGGACCUCCCACUGGUCCGGCCAGCGAGCAGCCUAGAGUCAUGAGCCCUGGAAAGACCCAGACCCAGACUUCUGCUGCGGCCAAGUUCAAUGUUCGCGCCAUGGAGUUCAAGCCGAAUCCGGCUGCUAAUACCUUUACUCCUGGUGGUGCUCCUUCGGGAGGCCCCGCUGCUAGCCCACGCCCCUUCUCGCGAAACCGCUCUUUGUCACGGGCAACCACUCCCUCCACAUUUUUCGGAACUCGAAAGCCUCUCCCCAUUUCUGAUCGGCCAUCUAUUGAUGAUCAAUUCAACCCCAUCAAACGCAUGAAGAAAGAGAGUGCUGAGUCGGCAGAGAGGGUUGUCAUCUUCAACGGUGGUAUCCCGCCUCCCUACAAGACUCUGCCAACAUGGGAUGCCCCUGAGGGUAACGAGGAAAAGACCUAUGAUCAGAUGUUCAAGAAUUCGGGAGGGCUGUCCGCAUCGCCUCAGGGUCGGUCUGCUUCCAACAACCCCCACCUCCCUCAACAGCACCAGAUGUCGUUCCAGUUCCAGCAGGGCAACCCUGGCAUGCCGCCCUCUUCUGGGCCACCGAACGGGCCACAUGCCCAUCACCCCCACGGCCCUCACGUGGAUGAUCAUCACCGUAUGCAGCUUUCUGCAUCCUCAUCUCAAGUCUUCCCCUCCCCUCGCAUGCAACAGAGCCACAUGGGAUACCCCUCUCCUAUGGCUCCCCCGGCACAGCUUGCAUUUGGACAGCCAAUGCCGCAAUUUUAUGGGGGUCCGCAGCCUGCUCAUAUGAGACAUUACCAAGGUAGUCACGGUCCACAAUUUGUAAACCCUCAGAUGGGAGCUCCUAUGAUGGUGCAACAGCCGUCUAACGGUCCUUAUAUGGGUGUGCCUCAGGGUAUGUCCCCCUAUACACCUCAGAUGCAGAUGUACUCCCCAUCUCCAGGCCACGCGUAUCCACAGCACGCACCGCCUCAGCCUCAUAGCGGCUACCCCAGCCCAAGCCGUGGCGCCCCUAUGAUGAUGCACCAGAACUCGCAGUCCGGCCAGCCACCUCAGCAAAUGAUGUUCAUGUCUCCUGGCCAGCCUGGAUACGGAGGUCAACAGCCGGGACACGCGCCUGGUCGUGGUGGCUACCCCCAACAGCCACACUUUUCCUCCAGCCCGCACCAGGCACACCAUUUCCCUCCGAACCAGCAUCGCGCCCCAAGCAAUAACUUCAACCAAGUUCCUCAGAUACCCCCUCAGAUGGCCUCCAACACCCCCGCCACCUCUGGAUCUGGAACUCACUCCGCUGAGGCGACCGAUGAAGGCAAAUGA